AUGAAAGAAAAAGAUUUAGAAAGAUUUAAAAAGCUAUAAGAAAAAGCAAAAAAAGAUCUUGAAUAAUCAAUCAUAUUGAGUAAAUAAAAAGAUGAAGAAAAAAAGAAAAAAGAUGAAUUUGAUUAUGAAUAUGAAGAAAGUUUAGCAAGAUAAAAAGGAAAGGAAUAUUUAAAAGAAUUUAAAGAAUUACAUUAAAAAGCUCUUGAAUUAGAAAAGGAAGAAAGAGAAAAGCAAUUAAAAUUGCUUCAAGAAUAAUAGAAAAAAAAAAAAUUAGAGCUACCAUAAAUUUCUUAGACACCAAAAGUUGUUAAAAAUUAAACUUUAGGAACAGUAUUUAAUUAAUAAAUAUUUAAGCUUGAAAGACAUGAUUAUUUAUAAGAAGUUUUAUAAUAAGCUAAAAAAGAAAGAGAAGAAAGAAAAGGAUAGGAAAGAUUAGAAAAAGAAAAAAAUAUUAAAGAAGAAGAAAGAAGAAAAUAAGAAGAAAGAAGAAAGAGAGAGGAAGGCAUUGAAUAAACUCCAAGAAAAACUGUUAAUGUAGAAGAAAUAGAUGAGGAAUAAAAAGAAGAAUUAAGAAGAAAGAAAUUAGCUUAACACAAUUAAAAAGUAGACAAAAUAAAAAAAAAAGUAUUAUUUUUUUAAUAAUAUUUAAUAAGUAUAUUGAUGAAAAAACAUUUGGUGAAUAAUCUUAACCAGAAAGUUAUUUAAAAAGAAAAGCAGAUCAAGUAAGCAAAUUAGAAAAAUAAACAAAGAGCAUGGAAUCAGUAAAAAUAUUAUAAAUUUUUUUAGAUAGUAGAGGCUUCUUGGACUACAAAACCACUAAAAGCAGUAGAGAAGGCAUCAGAAGUAGAUGCUCUUUAUAUUAAGUCAAUUCAAUAAAAAUUAAGUCUAUUAUCAACUGCUUAAAAAGCUUGA